GCACCCUCUGAGCCAUUUUGUAAAUUAUACAUUAACACCUGCGGGAACUUAGCGCCUAGGACCUCUUACCCAGACCAGGAACAGAGGCACCAUGGCCCUGACCGCUAGCAAGCUUUCGGGCCGCACGGCCUUUACCACUGAGCGGCGUGUGGCCGUUCGCGCCGCCUUCCAGUCCACCCGCGUGGCUGCUCGCGUGGCGCCUGUCAGCCGCGUGCAGAGCGUGGUGUGCAAGGCGAGCGCCACCGAGUUCAAGGGUGACCUGCUCAACAAGUCUUACUACCCCACCAGCGCUGACGCCUCGAACGUCAACAAGCGGUGGUAUGUGAUCGACGCCGAGGGCCAGACUCUGGGUCGCCUCGCUUCGCUCGCGGCCUUGUACAUUCGCGGCAAGCACCUGCCCACCUACACCCCCUCGAUGGACAUGGGCGCCUACGUUAUCGUUAUCAACGCUGACAAGGUGACCGUGUCGGGCAAGAAGCCUGCCGCCAAGACCUACUUCCGCCACGUGACCGGCCGCCCCGGCUCGUGGACCAUCGAGUCCUUCAACGAGCUCCAAGCGCGCCUGCCCGAGCGCAUCAUUGAGCGCGCCGUGAAGGGCAUGCUGCCCAAGGGCGCCCUGGGCCGCGACAUCAAGCUGCACCUGAAGGUGUACAAGGGCACUAAGCACGACCACGAGGCGCAGCAGCCCCAGGACAUCACCAAGGAGAUCAGCAUCAAGCCCAAGAACGGGCCAGGCGCUGCCGUCCUGAAGGCCGCCAAGGCCCAGUAAACAGCCGGCUUCCGACCGGAACCGUGGGCGUUCUUUUUGAGAAUGAGGAUGGCGCAAGCGCUGGCGGAGCCCGGCGUUGCGGCAUGGUGCGGCUGCGCGGCUGUAUGCCUGUGCGGCGCUGUCAGCGGGAGAGCUGGAGCAGCGGCCGGGGCCUGCUGGUGCGUGGGUGGUGGAUAUUGACGUGGUGGCGUGCUGCUGCUGGUGCAGCGGCGGCUGGUGCGGUGGCUGCCGUGGCGGCGGCUGGAGCGGGCGGGUUAGAGAGGCGGGUGCAGGCGGAGUGAUUGGGAUAUGAUGUGCGCAGCAUGCCCAGCGUCCCUCUGGAGUGAGGCUGGCGCGUUGUCGAGUGCCGUAUCGGCUUUGCAGGGCACCGGGCUAGUUCGUGAUCGUGCGGAAGGCCGUCGCUCGCGGGCAGGCUUUGCGGUCACUGUGCUGGGGUGCCGCUUGUAUAUUCGAGCAAGGAGGUUAGGACUGGGUGCCGCUGUGCGCGCUAGUGGAUAGAAUGGCGCGCCGCCUGAUGUCGCAUUUGUGCUUUCGUGACCUUGACUCCGUUUUUCCUGACUGGGAGCCAGGCAUGUUAGCAAAGCGGUGGGCAAGUGCUUUGAGAAACGUCAUGGCGUUCAGAUGCGUGCAAGGUGUGCAGGGCCUGGCGCAGGCAGGUUCAAGCGCAGUGUGUUACACUUUAAGUGGCGAAAU